AUCGAGAUGGUCGCAAAAAUGGGGCCAAGUUUGCUCGAAUCCAUUAAGGUGUUGUUUUACAGUUCAGCGAUUUUAGGAGUUGUUCCCUAUUCGCUGUCGGAGUUCUAUUACAGACACGUGCUGCGUAUUUCCGUCCUCGGGAAUAUCUGGGUGCUGUUAUGUAUUAUCAGCUUCACGGUCAAUUACCAUUUGGCAACGGAUUCCUACGGCGGAGUCGGCGGUGGUGGACAAGGUACCCUAACCAAUGCGAUAGGAAUCUUCAUUAUCUACAUGGAACCGCUAAUGAUGGUAAUCGACAUGUUGGCGGCCAUAAUCAACCAAAAGCGUAUGAUCAAUUGCGUCGAUCGGUUGGACAAGCUUGACCUGAAGCUGUCCGGUGAAAACAUCACCGUUGACAAUGGGCGCCUUUGGCGCUACGUUCUAUCCCUGUUGGUACUGGUCCUUGCCUUCGAGAGUGUACUGACUACGUACAAUUUUGUCAUCUUCACCGAUAUACUAACCUUGCAGUCCCUGAUGUGGUUCAUAACGGCGAUUCCAACUGCCAUCAACUCCAUCAGUCGGAUUUGGUUUUUGGUGUUGGUCCAAUCCGUUCGGCACCGAUUCUACGUAAUGAACAAUCACAUGGACGAGUUGGCUGGAUUGCUGGAAGAGCAUAACGAACGAUGGGAGGAUGAGUUGGAGAUUGAGAAGAAUGACAUUCCUAUGAAUUUCUUGGAAAAGGAAAUAUUUACCAUUCGUAAUCAUCGGAAGGGUAAUGUUGUGCAGCCAAUAAUGCCUCCAUUGAAACCUUACGGUAAUCAUCCCGGCAAAAUAAUCAGCGUGAAGCCAUACGAGAAGAGAAUGAGCGACGAGAAAGUAUUGGCAAAGAAGCGAGCGUUGUUCGAUUUUCUCGCGUUCGACAAGUACAUGAAGAUCGACGAGAAGCUGGACAAGAAGAUGAUUCUUAUUUGUCGCACCCAUGACGAGCUGUGCGAGAUUGGAAAAUCCAUAAACUACAUGUUCAGCUUCCAGAUGCUGGUCUCGAUGGCGCACGGUUUCAUGGCCAUAACGGCGCAGUUUUAUUUCCUGUACUGUGCCUUGUCCAGACAGGAAGUGCCAAUUCUGUUCCGUUCUGCAACGGUAGUGCAAAUUUCAAUUAUCCUGAUUUUGUACAUUGCGAUGAAGUGCUGUAUUUGCAUAUACGUUUGCUGGAAAACGAAAACCGAAUCGCAGAGGACGGGAGUCUUUAUGCACCACUUGGCCAACAUGGUUGACGAGACGCAUUUCUACCAGAUUGUGAACCAUCUGUCGUUGAAAUUGUUGAACCACCAGUUGAACUUCAGCGCGUGUGGAUUCUUCGAUCUCGAUAUGACGACUUUGUAUGCGAUCACCGGUGCGAUCACAAGCUACCUAAUCAUUUUGAUUCAGUUCAAUCUGGCUGCACUGCAGAAGGCCGGAAAUACGACGGAAAUAGCGAAUGUGACAUCAACUACCAUGGCUCCGUUGCUGAAUUUGAGCACUACAGCUUUGAGCACCUAUGUGGCUAAUCCCUAGAAUGAAUAGCAUAUCUGUUGCAUGUUACCAAAAAAGCUCAUUUGAAACAAAUAAGUGACGUAAAAGUGUUUUUCUAUGUAUAUUUGUGAUAGUGUUUUGUUUUGAUUGUUGGGUUUAACAUUAUAAAAUUUUACAUAGACAAAUUGUAAAGUGCCAAGUGUUUUCUAUUGUCAUGUAUCACCCGCGUUGCUCCAUAAAAACAAAAGUUUAUUAUCGAGAACAGUGAUAAGUGCUGAAGAAAUAACAUUGGAAAGAAUAUAUACUAUGAAUAUGAUGCGGAGAAACGUGGGAGUC